GGAUUGAUAGUAUUCAGUCCUGCUGACAACUCAGAGACUCAGUCUGGCACUUGUGAACCGGGAAAUUCAGCAUGUGCUGGAAGGAUAAUGCUGAAUGACUCCGAUCCUUUGCUGCCCUCCCCUGGCUCUCCUUUUCAUUCAGCUCCACCAGGAGAAACCGUUCGAACCUCUAAUGCUGUGUCAGUGUUUCAGGGUGGGGACAGUGGUGUCCAUGCUAUGGAACAAACUGUAAGUUCACAGCCAGUGCCAUUGGAAUCCGAAUCUAAUACUGACAACAUGGAAAAUAGUUCUCCUGCAUCAGUUUUGGAUGAGAAAGAUGAGCAAAGCAAUGAGGAGGAACAAAAAACUAUCAAACCUACGAGUAAGGAGUUCCGGAAAACCUGGGGGUUUCGAAGGACUACGAUUGCUAAACGAGAAGGUGUAGGAGAUGCUGAUGUGGACUCUAGUGAACAACAUCCACAACAGCAGCAACAAAGCUUAAACCUCAGGCGCAGCGGACGGCAACCAAAGCGAACGGAAAGAGGGGAAGAAUUUCUGACGACAGUAAGACGCAGAGGAAGGAGGAGUGUUCCUAGUGCUCUGGAAGAUUCAGGUGAGCCAGCGUCCUGUCCAGCUACAGAUGCUGAAACUGCUUCAGAAGAUAGCCUUGAGAGCACUCCAGAUAUAAAACCUGAUCAGAAAGGCUCUAAAAGGAGACGCACAAAAGAGGAGGAAGAAGAAGAAGAAGAGGAGGAGGAGGAGGAGGAGGAUACUUCUGAUAGUGAUAGUGAUGGGUUGACACUGAAGGAACUGCAGAAUCGACUAAGAAAGAAACGUGUUGAACAGAAACCUGCACAGCUGACACUGAAGGAUAUACAGAACCGCCUGAGGAAAAGAAAUCCAGAGCAAGGUCCUACAGAAACAGACGAUGCCCAGUCUGAAAAACAAGUUGAGUCUGAGUUGCCUGUCGAACAAGAGCCUGAGACUGCAGACAGCACUGAGAUUGCGAGUCAAGUGGUUGUGUCUGAGGAAAACGCUGAAGAUCUUCAGGCUCAGAAGGAGGUCAAGCCUGCCCUUGGCACAAAAGGGGUCGCAGAUGAAGAGUCUGAAGAAGUGCCCAAAAGCAAACCUGAGUCUGAGAUUUAUGACCCAAACGCGCUCUAUUGUAUUUGUCGGCAGCCUCAUAACAACAGGUUUAUGAUUUGUUGCGAUAGAUGUGAGGAAUGGUUCCAUGGUGACUGCGUGGGUAUUUCUGAGGCUCGAGGGCGAUUGUUGGAAAGGAAUGGUGAGGACUAUAUCUGUCCAAACUGCACCAUUCUACAGGGACAGGAUGAGCCUGGUUCAGAAAUAGACCAGCAGGAAGCUAAAGCAGGACAAGCAAAUGUGGAUGGCACAGAAUUCACAAGCAUAGGAACAAUUGAACAAAAAUCUGUUGAGGACCAAGGAAUCAAGGGUAGGAUUGAAAAAGCUGCAAAUCCAAGUGGGAAGAAAAAACUAAAGAUAUUUCAACCUGUAAUGGAAGCUCCUGGUGCAUCGAAGUGCAUUGGUCCUGGCUGUUUCAAUUUGGCUCAGCCUGAUUCGGUGUAUUGCAGCAAUGACUGUAUUCUCAAACAUGCUGCAGCCACUAUGAAGUUUUUAAGUGCUGGUAAAGAUGCAAAACCAAAACCUAAAGAGAAGAUCAAACCAAAAUCUGAAAAACCUGGCGUGCCAAAAGUUCAACUACAGGCAGGUAUUAAGCCUCUUUCAAGCCAAAAGAGACAGUUUCCUGAGAAAAGAGAAGUGAAUAUGAAGAAAACUGUUUUGACAACUGCCAAGACUGAGGCAAACGCUCAACCAGUUGCUAAAGAGCCAGCAGCAGAAAACAGCACGCCGUCCUGGGCAAGCGAUCAUAAUUACAAUGCUGUAAAGCCUGAAGGGACUGCUGCCAUUUCAUCUUCACUGUUGUUCAAAUGUAUGUAUCGCAUAGGGAUAUACCUGAAAAAGACUUCAGUGAUGAAUAGAAGACAGCUUAGUGUGAUGAAGAACUCUUAUAUCAAAUGCAAGGAAGAACUUCAGAUUGCUAUUACUGAGACGUUUAAGAUGACUAGUUCAGACAUCUGGGUGUCUAAUGUUCGGACUGAAGGUCGCCUAGAGGAGGAGGCUGAGGACGGGAUUCUUCCAUAUCCGUAUUUCAAAAUGCCGCCUGCGUUCUUCCAGAGCAUCAAGCUGUGGUCUGCAGAUCCUUGUUUGUGA